UUCUCCACUCCUUCCGCUGUCCAUAUUUGCGCAGAGUCGGUGAAAUGGAAGUUUCUCCAUUUCUUCCAUCUAGUUUAGUCCCUUGUUGACUUUUCGCCUCCUCUUUCAGAUCCUUUCACCAUUUAUAUGCUUUGCACCUUCACCUCCUCACCUGCUCAACAACGCUUUUGAAUUGCUCUUUAUCCUUCCUUCUUUCUCUCUGUAGCCAGCUCAAUCCAAUUUGAUGGCAGCUACUUUUACUUCUAAUCCACAACUUGAAAAAUUAGCCCCAUCCACUUCUACUUCACUGCCUGCCUUUUGCAGAUACGAGCCUCCCACAGCUAAACUUGCCUUCCAUAGCGAUAAGAGGUAUCAUGUUUUCCUGAGUUUCAGGGGACCAGAUGUCAGAAAGAAUCUGGUUGAUCAUCUCUUUCAAGCCCUCUCCACAGCAGGACUGAAUGUUUUCUUAGACAGUGAGAAGUUGGAAAAGGGGGAGAUUGUUGGGGAGAGCCUGGAAAGAGCAAUCAAGAGCAGUGCCAUAUGCAUUCCUAUAUUUUCUGUAGGCUAUGCAGAUUCAGCUUGGUGUCUGAAGGAGGCAGCUGCCAUGUUAAAGACCCCUGCCUUGAUUAUCCCUCUGUUUUAUCAUGUGGAUCCAACUCAUGUUAGGUAUCCUGAAGGGAAUAAAAGCCCUUAUAGGGGAUCAUUUGAAAAGCAUUAUGAACAUCCAGAUCGACACCCGAGAGAAGAGGUAGAGGGGUGGAAGGAUGCUCUUGAGAACAUCUGUUCUCGUUCAGGCUGGUCAAUGGACAUGACUCACGGCUUCGAAGCUCGGCUAGUAAAGACAGUGGUGAAUGACCUGAUUAAGACAUUGGACAGAGUGUCCUUACCAGUUGCCAAACAUCCAGUGGGAUUGGACACCAUUAAGAAUCUUCUCAUUAACAAAUUAAAUCUCAAUUCAAUGGAUGAGGUUGUUAAAGUUGGAAUAUGGGGUAUUGGUGGUAUUGGGAAGACCACAGUUGCCAAGGCUGUGUACAAUCAAAUUUAUACUGAUUUUGAAGCUGCUUCCUUUGUUUCUGAUGUCCGCACCACUGCUGCUGCAGAAGCCAAAGGCCUUAAAAGAUUACAAAAUCAAAUUCUGAAGGAUUUAAUAAAAAUAGAUGAAAAGGUGAACAGUGUUGAUCAAGGUAUGUCUUUGUUCAGAGAUCGUUUGGGAGGAAUGCGUGUGCUGCUAAUUUUGGAUGAUGUGGAUGCUGUUGAUCAAUUGAAUGCUUUGGUGGGGGAUUGGCUGGCCCCUGGCAGUAGAGUUAUUAUAACUUCUAGAGACAGACGCAUUCUCAUUGCUGCUCCUAUGCCAUCAGAAUGCAUCCACGAAAUGAGUGGGCUCGAGAUAAAUGAGAGUCUCCAGUUAUUUAGCUGGCAUGCUUUUCUUAGAGCAUCUCCGACUCCCAACUACGAAUAUCUAUCCAAAAGAAUAGUAGAAGCUUGUAAGGGGCAUCCUCUUUCAUUGGAAGUGAUCGGAUCCUUCUUGUAUGCUCACCAAGAUGACACAGGUUGCUGGACGGAAACUCUUCAAAACAUUACCAUCAACCCAGAAAUUCACAGAAAACUCUACAUCAGUUAUAGUUCUCUUAGUGAUGAUGAAAAGGAAAUAUUUGUUGACAUUGCUUGCUUCUUCAUCGGAGAACAAAAAAGGUUACCCAUUCUUUUCUGGAAAUCCUUGUACAAUAUGGUAGACAUAGCUGUAUCUAAUCUUUCAAUGAAGUCACUCAUAAAGAUUGACGAUGAAGGUGUGUUUGAUAUGCAUGACCAUUUUCGAGAUUUGGGGCAAACCAUUGCAGAAAAAGAAAGAGAGGGUACACGAUUAUGGAAAGCUGCCCAUUUAAGCACCCUUUCCAACAACAUCAAUUUAUCUCGCCUUCAGCUCAAAGGAGGUAAUCUACAUAGGCUUGAAAGGUUGUACAGACCGGGUCUUCGCUAUCUUCAUUUGCAGAAAGUGCACAUUGAAGGCAUGACAGAAGACACGGGAGCCAUGCUUCCUCCAAGUUUGAUAUGGUUAAGGUUGGAAAAUUGUACCUUUGCAACAGGGAAGAAUAAAGCAAUAAAUAAGCUCCUUGCAGCAAUAAGGAAGAAGUAUAGAGCACAAAGGAAGAAAGGUCACUCUAGAUUUGUGGGCAACAUGAAGCAAUUGAAGAUUAUGCAAAUAAAUGGGAGCAAUAUCCACUCUAAGUCCUGUCUAUUUUCACUUCUUAAUUUAGAGCAGAUGCAGUACUUGGACUUGGGAAGGUGUAUAUUGUUAAAUAAUCUCCCUGAUACCAUUGGCAGCCUAUCAAAGCUGCAGUACUUGAAUUUGAGAGGGUGUCGAAGGUUAAAUAGCCUUCCUGACACUAUUGGCAAUCUGUCACAGCUGCAGCAUUUGGAUUUGAGAUGGUGUGAAAGUUUAAAUAACCUUCCUGAUACCAUUGGCAACAUGUCACAACUGCAGAGUUUGGACUUGAGAGGGUGUAAAAGGUUAAAUAAUCUCCCUGAUACCAUUGGCAAUUUAUCACAGCUGCAGUUCUUGGACAUGGAAUGGUGUGAAAGUUUAAAUAACCUCCCUAACACUAUUGGAAACCUGGCACAACUGCAACACUUGAAGUUGAUAAGGCAUGAAAAGGUAAAUAAGCUUCUUGAUAUUGGCAACCUGUCACAGCUGCAGUGCUUGGGCUUAAGAGAGAGUGGAGUGUUUAAUAACCUCCCUGAUACCAUUGGCAACCUGGCACAUCUGCAGCUCUUGUAUUUGGGAGGGUGUGAAAUGUUAAAUAACCUCCCUGAUACCAUUGGAAACCUGUCACGGCUGCAGCAUUUGUAUUUGAGAGAGUGUGGAAGGUUAAAUAACCUCCCUGAUGCCAUUGGCAAUCUGUCACAGCUGCAGCUCUUGCACUUGGAAGAGUGUAAAAGGUUAAAUAACCUUCCUAAUACAAUUGGGAACCUGUCACAACUACAAUUCUUGUAUUUGAGAGGGUGCGGAAGUUUAAAUAACCUCCCUAAUGCCAUUGGCAACCUGUCACAGCUUCAACACCUAGACUUGAGUGAGUGUGGAAGCUUAAAUAGACUCCCUGAUACCAUUGGCAACCUGUCACAGCUGCAGCACUUGGAUUUGAGAGCAUGUGGAAGGUUGAAUAGUCUCUCUGCUACCAUUGGUAACUUGUCACAGCUGCAGCGAUUGGACUUGGGAGGGUGUGAAAGUUUAAAUGAACUCCCAGAUACCAUUGGCAACCUGUCACAGCUGCAGCAUCUGGACUUGACAGAGUGUGGAAGGUUAAUAAAUCUCCCUGAUAGCAUUGGCAAACUGUCACAAUUGCAGCACCUGGACUUGAGAGAGUGUGGAAGUUUAAAUAGUCUCCCUGAUACCAUUGGCAACCUGUCACAGCUGCAGCACUUGGACUUGACACAGUGUGACAGGUUAAAUAAUCUUCCUAAUACCAUUGGCAACCUGUCACGGCUACAAAACCUAUACUUGACCCAGUGUGAAAGGUUAAAUAAUCUCCCUGCUAACAUCGGCAACCUGUCACAACUGCAACACUUGGACUUGGGAGGGUGUGAAAGGUUAAAUAACCUUCCUGAUACCAUUGGCAAUCUGUCGCAGCUGCAGUACUUGGACUUGAGAGCUUGUUGGAACUUAAAUAACCUGCCUCAUACCAUUGCUAAUCUAUCAGCUACAAAUGUCUUUAGGUUUUGAGAUACUUGCUCAUGUAAUGUUGAAGGAUUUUAAUAAGAAAAAUUGAGAUAUUCUUAAAUUCGUUUAUAUAAACAAUAUAUAUGUUUUCAUAAAAUGUAGUAUUGAAAGAAUUGCUUAAAGAUUAAAUUUUCCUAUCCUGCCUAUUGCAUGGGAUGGGGAAUGCCCUCCAAGUAUGAAUCUGCACCUCAAGGGUUUAUUAUUUGAUCUCCUCUAUUGAUUGUCAAUUUACGAGCAUACCAAUUUAGUUACAUCAAGAGGCAUUGCACAGCUGAAUUAGUGAUGGAAAGAACCUGUUAAAAAAAAUUCCGGUGAUUGAAAUUAACGUCCAUUCAAUUGUCGCUGGCGGUUGAAAUUAUCCCCAACGACAUUAAAAUGAAAACCGCCUAUAAUUAUUUGUUACACACGUGACAUUGCAUUGGCUUUCAUAGGUAAUUGCAUUGUCAUUGCAGGUUCCCAAAGGUGUAGGGAAUGAGAGGUUGUGUGUACAACAGAGGAAAUGUUUGGAUUAAUGGGGACAGAGCAUUGGUAGAGCAGUCACAUAAGCAUGCCCUCGAAGAGAUCUGUUCCGGAUCAUGCUAAGUACGAAGAUUAGAAAAGAUAGACUUCGAUCCAUACGCUACACCUACUAUUCAGAAGAAAUUUAAAAAUGUGCCAAGGGCAAAUGGUUUUCGUACUGAUGAUGGUAUCUCAACUUCAGCAGCACUGAAUCAAUGUGGCAUUGAGAUUAGUGGGCAACUGGAGAAGAAAAGGGAAAAAAAUAGGAUAAGGAACAUCAACAAAAUGAAAACCAUGAUGGGGUCUGAAGAAAUUUAGAAGAAAAACCGGAUUUGGAGCUCAAUGAGACAUGCUACACAUAAAAUAUUAAAAAGUUGAGAAACUUAAUGUCUUCUGAUCACCUGGAUGAAGAUAAUGGUAAUAUCUUGGUAUAGCCAAGCUCUAGAAAAUCAGAACGGAAGCAUUUUGUGAAUUAGGGUGACGAUCAUUAUAGCAGAAAAGUUGCAAAAGCUGCAGAAGAAGAACACAAUCUCAUUUCAUCAAGUUAAAAAAAGGACGUAACUCUCCAAAGAUAGACUAUCGUUUCUUCAAGGGGACCGGGCAGCGAUUUUGUUUUGGCUAAGAUUUGCAGGGGUUCUUUGAUCUUAUUCCUGAAAUGGAUAUUUGCAAAACAUUGACAAUCUCUGUUAAAGCUGUUGAUUCAGUUGUUCAUAUCCUAAGGUGCAUUGCCUGUUGAAGCAACGAGUAGUUUGUUUGGUUAGAAAAU